GCUGCCAAAGGCCAAGUUGUAGACAGAAAUGACACUUUCGUGAAACAGGAAACCUGCACCAUUCGCCCCAAUCUGAUCCGCACAGUUAGUAGCGCUGCAUUUCACCAGAGAGCCUGAAUACCAUUCAUGAUGGCAAAGAGACCACGAACCGAAGAGAUGACUGAACCCCAGAGUGAUGACACACCAAGUAAAAGAAUGAGCUCAGUGGCCAAUGUUGAGUUCGACGACAUAUUGAAGGAGAUAGCCAAGGCCCUGUACAAAAAUUCAGACAUCGAUGAUCUUGGAAAAGCCUUGGGAUUUGGGCCUGGAGAAAUUGGUUGCAAGAUUGCAGAAAACGACAAGCAGGGAGGGAAUCAUAUGGGAACAUUGGAUUUGCUCAGGAUGUGGCGAAAGGGACAACCACGUUCGACUGAAAAGGCGGCAUUGAGGUCGGCACUAUUAGAAGCUGGAUUUGUUAACCUGGCUGACCAAUAUCUAAGCACUCCCAUACCCGAAUCUGCACAAUACACUAUACAACAAACAGAGGACUGUUCCAAAAAUAAAGGUGACGAUGAGGCGAUGCCAAGUGAAAUGAUGAAGUUAAGAGAACAACUGAAAAGAAGAUAUCGCAAGAAAUUUGGUGAGAUCAAAACAUCACCUGUGGACACUCAGUCACGGACAUGGCUUCAGCACAUCUAUGUCGAUCUCGUCCUAAUGUUGGGAUUAGAAGGGGAUAAGGAGAAGCCAAUAGAAUAUGACGGGUUGUUUGAAUUCAUAAAAACUGACACACCGAAAGGUUUUGUAACACGAUUAGCUUUCACUGGAGAAGCUGGUGUGGGGAAAUCGACGCUGUUUGCUAAGAUAGCUCUUGAUUGGGCUGAGGGUAAAAUUCUUCAAGAAAUCAAUCUGCUUUUUCUUGAAUCAUUUCGAGAGAUUAAAGAGAGCAAAAUCUUUGGGGAUACUGUUAUGGCGCAUUUCCCAGAUGACUCAGAAAUAGAAGGGGAACGGGUGGAUGCAUAUGUGAGGAAAAAUCCGAGAAAAGUCCUAAUCUUAUUGGAUGGACUAGAUGAGGCACAUAUUGACAUCAAAAAGCCAGACUGCAAUGACGCUAUCGUAUCGAUCGUAAGAGGAGAUCGAUUCAUUGAUACUCCAGUUGUCAUCACAACCCGUCCUUUUGGAGCUGAUCAGAUCAAGACCAUCAUGACGAUUAAUGACCACUACACGUUUGGUAAGGUUAAGGGCUUCACAAAGGAAAACAUGGCAACAUAUAUUGAAAACUUUUUCAAAGAUGAUUCUCAGUCUGCUUGGACCCUCAUUAACUUCAUUAACACAAACCAAGUGGUUUCUGAGUACAUGGCACCCUUCCCGAUAUUCUGCUGUAUGCUAUGUUGCCUGUGGAAAAAGCCAUCUGAGCGGGAAAAUAUUCAGACAAUGGAAACAUUCUCGCAACUCUUGAAGCAUCUUGUCUUUUCACUUCAAGAGCAAUACUCUUCCAAACGAAAUGAAUUAGAAGAGGGCUAUGGAAGCCGCAUGAAAAAAGCUAUUGAAAGUAUGAAAGAGCUUGGUUGUAUCGCAUUUCAAGGUCUGUUGGAUAAACAGCUCAUCUUCGAUGAAAACACGUUUCGCUUAUGCACAGAAGCUGCAAGGACUGCAUGCGAGGUCGGGAUUCUUAGCAUGGAAAAAAGACCAGCACCCUUGGAAAUCAGAGAAAGUCAGCUGAAGCAAUUCAUCAAAGAAUUCUCUUUCCCUCAUAAGUUACUCCAGGAGUACAUAGCAAGUUUCUACCUUGCAUCGCUGUUCCACAAAGAUCGUCAAAAAUUCAACACAAUCCUGGCAGACACUCUCAUAAAAAAGUACAAGGAAUUCAGAUAUGUCUUGUACUUUACUGCAGCUCAUGGAGGUGAAGUAGGAAAGUCGGUCCUGGAAACUCUAUGCAAGAAAGUCAAUAACAUGUCAUUCAUCAUUCAGGUUGCUUUUCAAUGUCAUGAUUCAGAAGCUAUUGAUCCCGUCAGGAAUCUUUUGAAGGCGAAGGCACAACUAAAGUUCACUUAUACUCAUCCAAUCGCUGCACUGGUCUUCACACUGGAGUCAAUACGGAAAGAAGUAGUACCGGUAAGAAGAAGUUCUCCGAUUCGUGAAACAUUGGGUGUUAGCAAGUCCUUCAAAGAUAACGUAUCAUCUUCACAUGUAGCAGCAGUAGGCCUUUUCACAUUGCCGAACUUACGAAAGUUGGACUUUUACAGCGUGCGCCUGGAUGAUGAAUUCUACACAGGAAUGUCUGCUGCAGCUUCACAGUCCAAGAUUGAGGAGCUAACGCACUGUCACGCAGAUCUGGGUUAUGCUGCAUCCUCUCAUUACGCGAGAGGUCUCUGCUUCAUGCCUCAUCUUCAAUCACUGGUGCUGCACGAUGUGGAGCUGAGAGAUGAGUUCUACUCAAUGAUGGCCUCUGAGGCAUCAAAAUCAAAGAUCCAGACGCUGAGUAUUCAGAGGGGCUCCAUGAUGACUCCACGAAGAGUACACUCCAUUCUCUCGCUACCACGCCUCCAGUCACUCACCUUGAGGGGUAUCAGACGAGUUGACAUAGACGAUGGAGAGACACUGACUCGUCAAACAUCCUCAGUAGAUGAGCUUUCUGUGGAUGGUAAGUAUGUGAUCAGCCUGUGGAAUCUUGGACUUCAUACAUCAUGUCCCCGAGUAAAAAAACUCAAACUGAACUACCAGAAAGGGGAGAAUGUCUCAUCAGGAAUCGUCUCAAUGGCCUGCUCUCCAUUCCGUCAUCUAACUCACCUUGACAUCCAGGGAGCCCUGUCGCUUACAUCGUCUACUAGUACACUGAAUGAUCCUGAGUCAUUUUGUGAUGCGGUUAAAACAUCAUGUCCUCGACUCACCAAGCUAUCCUUUGCCUUCAUUAGACUGAACAACGAGAAGGCAGCCGAGAUCAUCCAACUCAUGAAGACUCAUCCACACCUGACAAACAUAGAGUUGAAUAUGUGUGCUACCGACGAGGAUCUGGAUCCACUGGUUUCUGAGGUGAACAGUGAAGGCAAGGUGACUGUCAUCGUGAGGCAUGGUCCGUGAUGCUGAAUGGGAAGAUAACGCUUGAGUGAUAUGUGGUUGCACCAUCAAGCAACAACGUCAAGUAACAACAUAUCAACGUUUUGUACACAUUGGAAGCUAGGUGACCCUCAUCAGACCACGUGAUGGCAGCAGACUACUACGGCCUUGAAAAUGAAACCUGUCGAAUGUGGAUGUAACCAGGCUACCCGAAUAACUAAUUACUAGUAUACUAAUUGAAGGAUCAUUAGAGUUAAAAUGUAUGGAAUACAGUAUCUUAUUGAUUUUACCCUGUCUUGACACUUGUGAUGAAUAACUUUAUAAUAAUGGUUGAGGCAUAUGGAGCUCCAAGGUAAGCAAAGGUUUGACGCCCUGUGUGCCCUCACCAUUCAAUAUAAUAAAAAAAGAGGCUUCCUGGUGAAGAUGGAUUAUUAUGUUAAAGCCUGUCUACACUUGUUUAGCCAGGAGGGAUUAGACCUCCCUGAAAGAUCAUUGACAGGUGGUUACUCAUCAAAUCAGC